AUGGAGCUUAGGCAAGACUUCAUGGAUGUAGGCAUUAGCCUUUAUUGGUCAACUAUUAUUGUGUACAGACUGCCCUGGACCUGGAAGUGCAGCAAACUCCUAAUGAAGUUCAUACAUGCUGGAUUAAAUACCAUAGCAAUGAUUCUUGCAAUUGUUUCUAUGGUAGCCGUGUUUGAUUACCACAAUGCCAGGAACAUUCCUAACAUGUACAGUCUGCACAGCUGGAUUGGGCUGGCUGCUGUUAUAUUUUAUGCUCUCCAGCUUUUCUUCGGUUUCGCUGUCUUUCUGCUGCCUUUUGCUCCCGUUCCUCUCCGAGCAGCUCUCCUGCCGAUACAUGUUUAUUCAGGUCUUACCAUCUUUGCAACAGUGAUUGCAACAGCUCUCAUGGGAAUCACAGAAAAGCUAAUAUUUUCAUUGAAAAAUCCUGCAUACAGUACAUCCCCACCAGAGGCAGUUUUUGUCAACUGCCUUGGUCUUUUGCUCAUCGUGUUUGGUGCACUUGUUUUGUGGAUGGCAAGCAGGGCCCAUUGGAAGCGCCCCCCAGAAGAGAAUGCAAAAGUUCUGCUGCCUGUUGGAGGGACUCCUGAAGGCACAGAAGAAGAAUCCACCAUGACAGAUGGUAAUAAUGCAGAUAAAUCUGAUCUGAGGAUCAAUAGUGAAGUAGCCAGAAAACAAAACCUCAAACUUGAUGAGGCUGGCCAACGAUCAACUAUGUAAAGAAAAUACACAGAAUAAAAAUACUAUUACACUGC